AUGAAACAUGACGACGGAGGCCCGGCACACGCCUGCAUGCUGUCAAACACCAGCGGAGGUUUCUACUCCUGCUCUGUGUCAACAAACACAACGGACUCGUCUCGUCCCGAGUGCUUGAAGGAUUAUGACUUCUUUCUGAUCUCGCUCUGUGGAAAACGAAGCGAUGGCGCGGAGACCUGCGAAAUGCUAGAUGGCCGCUACAAAGCAGCCUCAAACAUUACACCGAACGCACCAUGCUGCCUCACCGCCAGACACAACUCAAGUCAAUACCACUUUGCAUGGAAACACACCUACGAGAAAUGUUUCUCCACCUUCAAGAAACACCUAACCUACCAACUUCGUUUCUACAAAAGACAGGACAAACAUGGGAUCAUUCAUGACAUCAACAUCGACACUUUGUACUCCUCCGUGAAUGAUAGUUUAUUGGUGGCGGACACAGAAUACGCUGCCAAAGUGAGGUCCAAGCCAGGUGCCCCUCCUUUCUUUGGAGACUGGAGUGACUGGUCCAGUGAGGUCCACUGGAGGACACCCAGUAAUCAAGCAGGAUUUCUCAAGGUCUUCAUAACUUUAGGUGUCAUGGCCACACUUGUCUUGCUUUUGUGCUGUGCUCUGUUUGAAAAGUGGAGACGAGGUGCCUUCAUCCCAACACCAGUGCUCUACUGCCAAGGAGAUUUUAGGAACUGGGCAGACACUCAAACAAACACGACUGCCAUGCUGAAGCCAGAAGAGAUGCUUCAUAUUGACAGCCUGACAUCCAAAGAAGUCCACAGAGAGGAGAGACCAUCACAGAAUAAGAGGACUACAUAUGAAAACAUUGGCGAUCCUGAAUGUGAUGCUACUCCGGUGGGUGACAAAGUGAGAACUACACCGAGCACCAAUUUAUCACCUUUUCAGGAUAAGACAGGGUUCAACAGUGUUCCCCCCACUGAGGGAGAUUCAUCCUGGUACUGCCAUGAAUACUGCACACUUAGCACUUUUCAGCAGCACAAGCUAACGGCAAGAAAUUGCCAAAUGUUGCCAUAA